CUCCUCCCACCUCCCAGUUUGUGUCAGCGCUGUGGGCGCACAGAGAGGGAGGACAGGGCGGAGAUGGCGGUGGCUGAGGCACAGCUGUACGCAAAGGUGUCCAACAAGCCCCGGGGCAGGAGCCCCUCUGCCCUCCUCGAGCCUCUCCUGGCCAAAGGAUUCCCGGCCCAUCUGGCGCAAAAAGCCUUGGUUGCUACUGGACAAAAGACAGUAGAAGAUGCAGUAAAAUGGCUGCAUUCCCACUGCAACGACCCCUCCCUGGAUGACCCAAUCCCCCAGGAAUAUGCCCUUUACUUAUGCCCCCGGGGCCGCCUGCACAGCCGCCUGCAGGACUUCUGGAGGGAGAGCAAGCGCCAGUGCGGCAAGAACAGAGCCCACGAGGUCUUCCCACACGUCACCCUCUGCGACUUCUUCACGUGUGAAGACCAGAAAGUGGAAUUAUUGUAUGACAUCUUAAAGCAAGUGGGUGACAGCUUUUCCCAGAGCUUUCCACCAUCCAUUUCCCUAACACUACAUGCAUCUCCCAGCUACCUUGGCUUCUUCAUUGAUGACAGCCAGGCAAAUGUCCUCAAAGACUUUGCUGUGGCAUUCUCAUCAGAGGCUUCAGCCCUGGCAGACUGCCAUGUGAAGCCCUCCUUGAAGCAGUUCCACCUUACCUUGGCUCACAGGUUUUAUCCUCACCACCAGAAGACUUUGGAACAACUGGCCAAAUGCAUUAACCCAGGGGAGCCCUGCCAGUGGGUGGCUGCUCUCUAUUCACGGGACAUGCGUUUUGUACAUUACCAGAGACUGAGGGCCCUCUUCCAGUACAAGCCCCAGAACAUUGAUGAGCUGAUGAUCAACCCUGGGGACUUGAUCUACGUGGAUCCAAGGCAGCAGAGCGAGGCUGGCGAGGGCUGGGUGAUCGGCACCUCGCACCGCACCGGCUGCAGGGGCUUCCUGCCCGAGAACUACACCGAGAGAGCCCACGAGUCAGACACCUGGGUCAAGCACAGGGAAUAUGUUUUUGACACAGCUUCAAGAUCAUUCACCAAAACAGAAAAGGAACCCAAUGUAAAGCCAAAUGGGAAAGCCCAUAAUCUCAGUAUGUCAGGGAGUGUAACCAAUGUUCUUCCUCUUCAGAACGCUGCCCUGAGGAGAGGGGUGCUGGUGAUGCGCCAUGGGGAAAGAGUGGAUCAGGUCUUUGGCAAGUCUUGGCUUCAGCAGUGCCUGACUGCAGAUGGGAAAUACUACAGAGCAGAUCUGAACUUUCCCUCCUCCCUGCCAAGGCAGAAAGACAGCAUGAAGCAGUUUGAAUGUGAUCCUCCUUUAUCUUGCUGUGGUAUUUUCCAGUCAAGGCUUAUAGGGGAAGCUCUGCUGGACCAGGAGGUGACAGUCAGCUACAUGUACUCGUCCCCUGCCCUGCGCUGCGUGCAGACAGCUCAGCAUGUACUGCAGGGGCUUAAAUUAAAUCAAAAAGUCAGAAUCAGGGUGGAACCAGGACUAUUUGAAUGGACCAACUGGGAAGCAAGCAGAGCAAUCCCUAAAUUCAUGACUGUGGCAGAGCUGGUGGAGGCAUCUUACGACAUAGACACAAGUUACAGGGGCAACUUCCCACUCUCCUCUCUGGUGCCUUCGGAAAGUUAUGAAGACUAUGUCAGCAGGAGCUCUGCGGUGAUAAAACAGAUCAUCAGUGCCUGCCCCUGCAAAGGUGUCAUCCUCAUCGUGGGCCAUGGCUCCUCCUUGGCACCUCUCACCCGAGCACUCACAGGGCUCCCCAGCAGAGACAGCAGAGACUUUGCCCAGAUGGUACAGAAGAUCCCUGCCCUGGGCAUGUGUUUCUGUGAAGAACAGAAAGAGGAGAACAAAUGGCAGAUGGUCAGCCCACCAGUGAAGACAUUAACUCAUGGAGCAAACACAGCAUUUAACUGGAGAAAUGCUAUCAUGGAAGAUUAAAAGGCCAUCUCUGCCUUUGCAGUAGUCAAAAAGGAGCCAAAGGCAGGUUAUGGUUCAUCACAGUCCAAUGAUUCAUCCAGAAGACACACAGAAGGUGGGAAAUGCCCUCUCUGAGCUGUCAAAGCACAGAAAAACACUUCUGAGUUUGGUGCCUGGAUUUUGUUUUUAUUCUGCUGACUGAGAAGAAUGAACUUGAGAGAUGGUGCUCAAGUGAGAAAUAACACUUCUGGUGGUGGUGAGAAAAGCACCUUUUAAUCUUUCCUGAGCAUAAAAAUUUUUAAUAAAUAUAGAUAUAUAACUACCUGAUUAUAAACUCCAUUACAAGAGCACUGAAGUAAACAAGACUGAACUACAUCCAGCAAGAAUUCCUUUUUCCCCCCUUCUUUAGUCACUUGGAUAUUUUCAGACAACAGAAAAACUGGGACUGAAGAAAGUCAACUCCUACCCAAAGAAGAGACCAGCUCUAGCUAAAGCCACUGUGUUUCCUGUUCACUCCAUCAGUUCUGUGAGAGCAAAUACCACACUGACUCUUUAUUCACCUGUUCUGUGAAGUGAGUCCAUUUUCUAUCACAUCAGCUCCUCAUCCAGCAAUUCUCAAGUGAUGCAUAUUGCAAAAGGGUCAAAAUUAUUUCUUUUUGAAGGGAAAUGAACUGGUUGCUUUACUGUUUCUGGGAAAAGGAAAGAUGCCCUGUGUUACUGUACUGGUGACAAAACUGUGACAUGAGCAGCUUUAACUCUGAAUCCUUCCCAAGGCAGCACUUGCAGUAGAACAGCUCUUUUUUCUGCUGGUUUGUGCUGAAUUUAUUAAUGGUGACCCACCUUCCCAGUGGAUCAUCUGGAAGGUUUCUGCAGCUCUUCUAUACAUGAUGUGUUUAAUUAACAGAAUGUAGCCCUGAAAUUUUAUGCACAAACAGGAACAUGCCUUUCCACUGUCUGUUUUUCUCCUGCUUUGACUCUCUGCUUAUCAGAUAACUGCCUCCAGGAAAGUACAAUGUUUCUUUCAAUGAAAGGAAAAAAUGAUAAUGUUUCUCUCAGAGCAUGGCUAAAAAUGUUUUCAUUUUCACUCCUCACUACCUGCUCUUCCUAUGUGACAUCUCCCUGCAUGCCAUUAGCCAUGGGGGCAUGCAGAGGAGCCCAUCCAACAUUGCAGCUUUGGGACUGAGAAGUGACUGACAGGCAGCUUUAUCUGUGGGUGUAGAGAUUUUGUUAUCUCAGCUGUGCAGCUGCAAUGAUUCAUUCUGACUUUCCAGCUCUGGUGGAGUUGCUUGAGCUCUCAGUUUUCUGACAGGGCUGCAAUUUUACAGUUAAAGUCAAAUGUCCCAGGGCCAAGACAGGAGCUCUUUAAUGAGCAAUGGCACAGGACUUAAGCUCAGGAGAUGGGACUACAGCUGCAGUCCUAGAAAAAGAUAAAAACACCAAAUGUCACCACAACCUUUUCUUAAUCAGGAGAAGGAGGAUGCCACUGCAGUGCUAAGAGGACUGAGGCUUGGCUACUUCUCCAUGUCUCAGCCCAGCACACACUUGCUGUCAGCCAAGAGAGGCAGGUGUGGUGAGGGAUGAGUUUGCUCUGAGCUCUGAAGGUGGUGGCCAGGCUCCUCUGUGGCCAGCAGGGAGGGCAGUGACUCACAGGUCUGGCUGAGAAAGGCAUGUAUGAUACAAAAAAAUCAGCAAAGCCACCUAAAAGACUGGUCAUUUUUAAUGUAUUAGUGAUGUUAAAUUUCAUUACAAAUUUUCUUCUACCUUUCUAGAGAUAACAAGGGGUUUUUUCCAUAAUGUUGUUAUACAUUAAUCCUAGAUUGGGCUGCAAACACCACCUUGGUUUAAGAAUCUGUGUCUUCCUUUAAAAUACCAAAAUAAAAUACCAUGUGAGAUCUCUCCCUUCACCCAGUGGCAUCAGAUGUAUUGUCAGGGUGGGUCUGUUGUGAAAAAUAACCUGUAAGUACAGCAUCAUCUCAUUUCUUUAACAGCAUCAUCCUUUCUUUAACACUUUCCUACCUUGCUGCCACUGUGUAUAAUAUAACAAUGAAAUUUCUUUUUGCUUUUCAGUCCUUCUGGUCUGCAGAAAUAAUGUUGCUGAAAGCUAGUUAAUGGUACUCUAAUCCUGUUAUUAUCCAUCCAGCUCCUAUCCUUAAUGAGUGUGUGCAGCUCCCUAGAGGCAGGUGACAGGAGGGGAGAAGGAUGUGGCUGGGGGAAGUGUCUGUCUGUCUGUCUGUCUGUCUCUUACAGGGGAUGGAUUUUACUGGUCCACCGAAUUUUGGCAUCUAAUCAGAUGCCCACAGUGCAUGGACAACACUAUUGACAAUCUACAUAUACUUAACAGGCAGAUUCCUAAAGCACUCAAACCAGAAUCCCACUGUGCUUUUCUUUUAUUCUUUAUACAGAUGCACUCCAAUGAAUUUUACUUCAGUGAAAGCAAUGAAUUAAACUUCAGAGCAUGUUUAGAAGAGACUUUGGGAACUUAAGUUUUCUUUUCUGGUGAGAACAAAUGCUUGGUCACAAAAUACUGUACUAAAGUUAUAAAGACUUCUCCAUGUCUGCUGUUUAAGUAAACUGAACAGAAAGAACAUGAACAGAAAGAACAGGCAGCACACUCAGGAACCCAUUGAAACCAUCUCAGUCUUAAUAAUGGAAGGGCAUUACAAGCUCUCCUAUUCACAAGGACUCUGCUUUUGGCUUUCCUGGGACCCCAUGAGCACAGAUUCAACCCUAAUCACUCUUUAAAUUCAGAGCUAAAAUGAUGUUCUUAACACCCAAGGUUGUACAAUCUGGUUCUUGGGAGAGAGAGAAUUCCUAAUGUGGUGUGUACACAGCAUGAGACUAAUCACGAAACACAGGUGAAAUGAAGAAAAUGUCCUUGGAGUCUUCCAAGUUAUUUUUGUGGUAAGCAAAAGAAAUAAGAAAUUAUUUUCCAGUUUCUUGGGGGGUUUUUUGUGGUUUUUUUUGUUUGUUUGUUUGAUUGUUUUUUUGGGGUUUUUUUGAUUUUGCUUAUUAGUUUGGUUUGUGUUUUUAUGCAACUUCUAGAAUUAGUUGUUGCUUUGCAGUUUUCUUUCACUGGAACCAUUUUAUUACAAAGUUAUGUGCUUCAAUCGAUGUUUUUAGUACUGGUUUGAGAAUCUGAAUGUUUUCUUUGUAUCUUAAAAUGUGAGAACACAAAUUCAUUUGAUGAAGACCAGCAGUGAGGCUAAUCUAUGGUGACCCCUUGUGGGAAAACAACUUCAGAUUUAUAUGGCCAAAUAGUCUGGUGUGAUUGAGAGAUGAGGAGGAAGAGCAAUUUUUUUUAACAAUAAUGCUUCUUCCAUACCCUUUGAAAGGAUAUUAACAUCAAAAAUUGCAUUGUUUGGGACUACUUCUAGGCAGAGGAGCUUGGAAAAACACUUGAGACAAAUUCUGAAAAGUGAGAUACAACAUGCUAUGAAUGUUCUGAUCCUGAUUUUUCCAAGCUUUUCUCCUUGUGCCAGCAAUAAUGCUGGUGCAAGGAUUAUGCAUGGUUCUGCUGAGUCAAAGAAGCAGAUAUUUCUAUUCUUUGCACAAUUUUAAGUCACAGGUCAGGAAUAAAACAGUUGAGUGGAUUUUUUUUUACUUCUUUUUUUACUUACUGGGGAUCUCCAAAAGGAGCAAGUCCCGUUCUCAGGAGCAACCUGUAACACACUAGAGAUCUGCAGAUGUUCUCAGCUUUCCCUGAUUGUAUUCCAAGCAGGAGGCUUUCUAUUUUUUCUAAGGAAUACCACUGGAGGUCACUCAUGUACUAACAAACAGUGCUGCAGAGGAAAAAGGUAAUUUAAACUAUCCAAGAAUGAACUCAGCUUGAUUUGAACAUGACGUUAAAAUGGAAGGGAGUUUGGAAUUAUGUUGGGCAGAUAUUCCUCACAUUUACAGUAGAAUAUAAAAAAAAAGUAGCAAGUAAACUAUCUUAAUUUUCUUAUAAAAAGACUAAACUCCUCCCCACAACAUUAGCAAGUUAGCUUUGAUAUAGCUACAGUAAUAAUGGAAAUGCAGCACAACUCUUUAUCAAAAAAAGCAAAAAAUAGGAAAAGAGAAUGCUCACUGAGGUAAGCAUUGGGGGACAUCAGUGUGACAAGAAAUUGCAAACAAAAUGUAAGAUAGGAGAAGAAUGAUUGCAUGGGAAUUUUAUCACUAUGAUAUUUCUGACAGAAGAAAAAAUUGCAAAGAAGAAGUAAUAAACUGUAUUUCAUAUGACUGGUUUCCCUAUCUCCACUUUCUCUUAAUCUGUUUUUAUCACUAACUUUCAAACUUCCAGAUACAUUUUUGUUGGAAUUCUGAGUUGCAGAGAAAUGGGAAUUGCUAAAAUGUUCUUCCUCUUUUUCUAAACUAAAACUUUAAUAUUGAUUUCUUGCUCUGAGGUGAAGAAGUAGGAAAUGUAAGUCCUGUUUCAGCAAUACCAGUACAACAUCUCAUGCCAAAUGGGCCCAACCUGGUUGUUUCACUUCAGAAGCAGAAAAAAACUGCUACUGGCUGACAACUCUACCUCAGGCUCCAGGCCCAUUAAUAUUCAUACCAAAAUUGCCACAGUAUGAGAGCCAAUUAAAACCAGACAGGUGUACAUAAUAAUUAAGGUAUUGCUUACAAAUUAUCAGGGAAAAAAGUUUCAGAGCGGCUUUAUUUACCUGCACAAAGAGAGAAAACCAUCUGUCAGUGGAAUUUAGUGCUUGUACAACACUUUGCACAGCUCUGCCUUGGCUCUAUACUUUUAAUUUACUAUUUAUGUCCUUCCAUUUGAUUCUGGAAGCUUCUAGGAGGGUUCUGCAGCUGCUGUGUCCCGCCAGCCACUUCCUGAUUGACAGGUUUUUAAUUUCAAAAAGCUGCAUUAGAAGAAAAAAAAAAGUUUUUUUGAUUUUUGAUUUCAUAAAGCUUCGUUAACUGCAUGUUAAGCAAUCACCUGCCUGUUGAUAGGGACCGCUGGGCUUUGUCUGCUCUGUAAGGAUGCCUCUUCCCCUGGGAGAUGGGAGCAGAGCAAGCAGAGCUGUUGGUAAUUUGUGUGGGUGCUGGGGAAUGGCAGAAACUCUCUUCCAAGCAGUGGCAACUGUGCAGCACCAAGGCUGAUGAAGCACUGGGCCUGAUCUCCAGCACUCUGGAGCAAUUUCCCUUGGCACCAUGCUGGUGACAGCCCAGAUGUGGCCACAUCUCUCUUCACAGAGAGAAGCAGGCACAACUUCCCAAGCACUUGUCCUGGGAAAUGCAGCAAGAAACUUCAGAGAAAAAGAGAAAACAAUUCUUAUCUCAACUUGCUGCUCCUGUUGUUUUGCACAUAUGGAAUGUGUUAUGGAAAUUGUUUACCUGAAGGGAUUUGGUACUUGGAUUCUGGUGAUGGUUGUGUGCAUUAAUUAACCAAUCACUCGAAGCUGUGUCUGUCUGUCUGGAGACAGUCAGGGGUUUUCCUUUCACACAGUGUAUUUUAGUAUCUCUUUAGUAUAGUUAUAAUAUAGUAUAGUUUUAAUAAAGCUAUUGUUCAGCAUUCUGAACCAAUGGAGUCAGAUGCCAAUCAUUCCCUGUGUCAGGGGCUCCCUGCAUUUGAUACCCAGACAGGGUUUGGGCAGUGGGACAUUGUGUCCAACCCUCUCCCGGGGCUCUGGGCUCUUUCCCUGAGGGAGGUGUGUGGUGGUCCUGGCGCUAUGUCCAAGGAAUUUCAGAAGGUGUGCGGACUACUCUCUUUUAAGGAGGGAAAAUGGGAUAUCAGCUGGAGCUCCACAGAGGUGACAGCCUGAACCUGGGGUGGAGGGAUGGCAGGGACUGUGCUGGGUGGAGCAGCAGAGCAUGACACCCUUGAGGGAAGCUGCUGAAGUUCAUGAUUUCUGACAGCAGCAUCAAUGUUCCCUGUCCCUGCUCAGACCUAAGUGUGUCAGUGUGAGGGCUGUGUGUGAGCCUGCAGGACACUGCUGGGAGCUUUGGAUGUACUGGAGGUGUGGGAAUGCCCAGAGCUGCUGUUGGUGAUGGCACCAGAGAGCCCCUGGGGAAGGACUGAAGGACAAACAAAUGAAACAGAAUCACAGUCUUCACAAGCAGAAUUUUAGUUAACCCCCUAGCAGUCAGCAAUUCAGUUUGCACAUCUGACAGCUUUACAACACUGUCCGGAGAAUUGCAUCAAACUCCAGAUAUUUACAUGGCAAUUACUCCAGUCAGGAGUUCAGGUUUUUGGGUUGUUUCAAAAAAUCAGUGACCUUGUACAGAGAGCAGGAAAUGUAAAGGUGCUCCUGCCCUGAAAGAUUCAACUGUUCCAUGUAAUCAUAUCCAGUAGAUGGAUGUUGAGUUCAUAUCAGCAGUACCUUAAGAGCAUCCUCAACAGAGAUAGCAGAGGUUCUGCUAUCAUCUAAGAUCAUCUGUCCCAUGAGCAGGUGGGAGGAUGGCGGGAAGAGAAAGGAGAAGGGGAGGAUGUAGUGCUGUGCUCUGUAGUGCUGCUUCCCAUGAUCACAGCAAUAAGGGCAGCCACAGGACCCUGUGGCCUCUCCAUAGCUGAGCUGGGUCCAUGGUUGGUUGUGAAGAAGAAAGCCCACAUGGUUUCUCAGUUGGGAUUUUUAUCUGUAGUAAAUCUGACAUCCUGAACUUUCAGAGUAAUGGAUAUUCUAGAGAUGAUGAAGAGAAAGUACAGUAUAUCACAUCUCUCAUAUGCCAAUUCAGCAUGGAAUAUUGCAUCAAAAUCACUUUAUCCAAAAAUGACAUUUCUUUACCUGAAGUGACCAUGCUUCUGGACAUCUGUUAGAGAAUAAUGUACAUUAUCAUUGUGGGAGGCUGCUCUUGGCCACCCAACCAGGACAAUGACCACAACAAAUGAUUCUUUAAGGAAUCAAGGGGAUGCCUCCAAACCAGCUGCCCUUGUCCCUGUGGGGGAACUCAGCUUGCCAGGUGCUCACUGGAACACCACACAGCUGGUCCAAGCAGCCCCAGGAGGUUCCCCAAACACCUGGAGGACAACUCCUCGGUGCAGGGACUCGGGGAGCCGGCUCGCAGAGGUGCCCUCUGGGAUUUGGUGUUCGUUCCCAGAGGGGCUCUCGUGGCUGCUGUGGGAUUGUCUGGGCCACAGCGACUGCGCAGCUGCCGAGUUUCAGAUCUCUGCUGCU